GGCUAGAAUCCUAGCAGCACCUAAAAAGGAAGCUAUUCAUGAUGUCAGGCUAUAGUUGGUUUGAAGGAAUACCUUUUCCUGCCAUUUGGUUUCAAAAAGAAAUUAUGGAAGAUGUUCGUAAUAAAUUUGUGAUGAAAGAAGAAGACUUGAUCAUAUUGACUUAUCCCAAGUCAGGAACGAACUGGCUGAUUGAGAUUGUCUGCUUGAUUCAGACCAAGGGAGAUCCAAAGUGGAUCCAAUCUGUGCCCAAUUGGGAACGCUCACCUUGGUUAGAGUCUGAAAAUGGAUAUCCUGUACUCAUCCAUAAGGAAGGACCACGACUCAUUACCUCUCAUCUUCCCAUCCAUCUUUUCUCCAAGUCUUUUUUCAGUUCCAAGGCCAAGGUGAUCUAUCUCAUCAGAAAUCCCAGAGAUGUUCUUGUUUCUGGUUAUUUUUUCUUGGAUAAGUUAAACCCUGGGAAGAAUCCAGAAUCACUGGGAACUUAUCUUGAAUGGUUCCUCAAAGGCAAUGGUGAGUAUCCUGUGAAAUAUAGGAGAUGA